AGAGAGAGAGAGAGAGAGAAUUAGGUUAGUUUAGAAAGCCAAAUUCCAGUGAUUUUUGCUUCUCCAUACGAAAAUUUACAUUUCUUUUUCGUGGCUGUUAGACGGUUCAUGUUUCUAAUAAUACUGUUGUGCCUACCCCUCACUCCGGGCGGGCGUGUUAUCCACACGGGCACAGAUCAAGAAACUUGAGCAGCGGGGCCUCAAAUAAGUAGCACUCUGAACGCCGGGACAAAACACACACACACACACACACACACGAGGCCAGGGCCCAUAUACACAAAACUUGUUAGCACUAACAAAUAGCUGUUAAGGGUAACAAAUUCCUGUUAAGGCUAACAUUUAGCUGUUAAGCACUAACAGUGGAUACAGAAAACUUGUUAGGGCCUUAAAAGUACUGUUAAGGUAAAAGUGCUGUGGAGGACUUUUAGGCUCUUAACAAAUUCCUGUUAGUAGAGAAGAUGGCGGAGCAACAACAACAACUUCCAAGACGACAGCGAGUGUAUCGACAGCGACGGGACGUAUUCAACGAGUACAGUGACGACGAACUCAUCAAACGCUUCAGGAUGAACCGUGCUGGUAUAAUAACAGUGGCUGAUUUAGUGAGGGACAAACUUCAAUCCCGUACAGAACGGAAUCAACCACUGAGUCCUGAGACCAAGGUGGCAAUUACCCUAAGAUAUUUGGCCACGGGUAAAAUGCAGCAGUGCAGCAGUGACGACUUUGGGACCUCACAAGCAACAAUCAGCCGUGUCAUUACUCAGACAAUUGAUGCACUGUCAGAACCAGACAUUGUAACUCAAUUUGUAAAAUUCCCAUUGACUCGCCAAGAAGUUCAAGUGAAACAAGAAGAGUUCAUGGAAGACUAUAGGUUUCCCGGUGUUGUGGGUACCAUAGAUGGCACACACAUUAGAAUUGUGGCUCCCAGUGUCGAUGAACAUUUAUAUGUAAAUAGAAAACGAUACCACAGCAUCAAUGUGCAAAUCGUAUUCGAUGCCAAGUACAGGAUACUUGAUGUCUUGGCACGGUGGCCUGGUUCAGUACAUGAUGCCAGGAUAUUGGACGAGUCUGGCUUGAAGGCACUUUUUGAACAAAAUUAUGUCCCAGCUGGAUGCUACCUUCUAGGAGACAGUGGUUAUCCUUGCAAGGAGUGGUUGCUGACGCCUUAUCUAAACCCUCUGGCUGGCGUUCAGACAAACUAUAACACAGCACACAAGAGGACACGUUGUGUUGUAGAGCGGGGGAUUGGCCAGCUCAAGCGACGGUUCCAUGUACUUCAUGGUGAAGUGCGAUUGUCCCCAGAGAAGACAUGCAAAAUCGUCUAUGUCUGUGCUCUGCUUCACAACAUGUGCAAGCAAUUUAACAUUCCAGUACCUAUCAACGAGGAAGAUGAAGUGUUCCACGAUGCAGCUGAAGGGGACGUAGGUGCAGAUGAAGAAGAGCCAGGUGAAGCAGAGAUACCUCCUAAUCCUGGUAGACCAGCUGGCCGUAAUGGACAUCCAUUUCGAGAUUAUAUUGCCAAUCUUCAUUUCAGCAGACCAGUGGCUGAGUGAGGUAUCAUGAAGGUGUGAUUGUUGUUGCAGUGCUCUCUCUCUACUAACAAGUUUUUUCCACUUAAAGUCAAAAGUGAAAGAUAAAAUGAAACAAAUACAGUUUAUAAAAUAAUAUAAU